AUGGCAAUAUCCGAAGACGCACCACUCAGUCCGGAAGAAGCUGCCACCUGCAGAGAAAAAGCAAGAGAAGUCUUGUCGAGAUUAGACCAAACGACGGAUCCCAAGUCGUCUUGUUGGGUUCGACAUAAUACUAAUACUGCGAAUAAUACUAAUACUAAUAUUAGGAAUCAUGAUGAUGAUGAUGGUGACGACGACGACGAAUGCAAGGAAAAAAGCAAAGAUGCCAAAUACUUUGAUACGCAUGGGUUCUUGGUGGUUCCUCAAUUUGCGAGUGAGGAAAUUGUUAGGGAUCUCAAAGAACAAAUGAAGUCUUUGGUCAAGGAACACUGGCAUCCCUUUGAUAAAAAUACGAAUACUAAUGGCGACGACGACGACGACGACGAUGGGCCAACGAAAAAGAAUAAAAAAAUCGAAACCUUUGGUACCGACGCCAAGGCGAAUGAAGCUCGAGGUGAUUACUUUUUGGAUUCCAGUAACCGAGUGCACUACUUUGCCGAACAAAAAGCUAAUCUACUACUGGACAAUCAGGUGGUGGUGGUGGUGGAUGAUGCUACUAACAUCAAUGGUGAUGACGAUGACGAUGACGGUGAGACUCUUAUUACCGAACGCAAGAUAUCCAUAUUGAACAAGGCCGGACACGGAAUGCACAAUAUUCCAGGGGCAUUUCAAGAUUAUACAUUGUCCGACAAGAUGAGGAAUCUUGUGCUCGAUUUGGGAUGGAAGGAUCCUGUAGUGCCGCAAAGUAUGUACAUCUUCAAGCAAGCCAAGAUCGGGGGCACGGUACAUUCCCAUCAGGAUAGUACCUUUUUGUAUACGACUCCACGACAAACCUGUCUGGGACUUUGGUUGGCCCUGGAUGAUGCCACCUUGGAGAAUGGAUGUUUGUGGGCCCGGCCUGGAUCUCACAAGGAACCCCUGCGACGACAAUUCAUUCGGAAUCCAGAGUAUUUUGAACAAUUGGUGGAGGCGAAUAACAAACAGGUACCAAAAGGGAAGGAUGAUGUUCCACAACUCAAGUUCUUGCAGCAUGAUGAGAAUCCCAAGGUACAUUGGGAUGGUGGUCUUCCGACAACAUCACUCUUGGAAGAGGGUUUCAUUCCGAUUGAAGUAAAGGCUGGAGAUUUGGUAACCUUUUGUGGGACCUUGGAUCAUUUGAGUCUACCAAAUUUUUCCGACCUUCCAAGGCAUACCUUUCAGCUGCAUCUUGUGGAAGGCCCCAAAGAGGGCAUUACCUGGUCCCCUCAGAAUUGGCUUCAGUAUCCAGAAGGAGCCAAGUUCAUUCAACUCGUACAGGACAAUGAUGAUGGUGGAGACGACGAAAAUAAGCCACAACAAUAG